UCUGCCUAGCACUGCCUGCCCCUCAUGCGGUGACGUUAUGACUUCGUUUGCUGCAGGCACAAAGGAGCUCAGCUUGCUUCAUAGUGCCUACGUAAUAGUACAUACAUAGUAGGAAGCUGGCUUCCACUACAUAUCCUAGGUAGUAAGGGUAGUGGUAGUAUACCUCGCAGCUAUCUCCAUAACCUACCAAAGCAUUUCAACAUUGAAUUUUCCAAACUUCGAUCUCACCCAGAUUUUAAAAAAUUAAAGCACACAAACCAACAAACCCACACAGGCUCAGAAAUCCAAAUCAUCAGCAUACAAUGUCGAUCCCAACUUCUACCUCCGUCGUCGAGUCCGCUGUCAUCAAGGCACCACUUAGCAGCGUCUGGCAUCUUAUCAAGAUCCAGGACUUUAGCAACUUUUGGUCCGCCCUCAAGUCCAGCCAGUACGUUAAGGGUACCAACAAUGAGGCCGACGUCGUCCAGUGGACCUUUAAAGAUGGAACCCAACUCGAAGUGAAGCAGGAGGAACACAGCACAAUCAAUCACUAUAUCACGUACAGCGUCAUCACUGCCAAGCCCGAGCUUUCGUAUUCUUCGGUCCUCUCCACCAUCCGUUGCUAUGCGAUCACAUCAGGUGAACUCGAGGGAAGCACCUUUGUCGAAUGGACUGGUAACUUUUCCAGCGACGCCGACGCAGGUAUGUGUGAUUGCCCAUCUAGUUACGCCCCACCAGUGAUCGCUGUGUCAAUAUGCUAGACACCUUUGGCAUGAAUGUGCUAAUGAGAUGACGACAGGUGUUAUCCAGGAUGCCAAG